GUUUUGAAGAGGAUUAGUAUAGCUCAACGACACACUUAUAUGAAAGGAGGCAUGGAGUGUGACAGUCAAACCUCGGACUGGACAGUUACAUCCCUCAGUAACAGCAAGAAAGACAAACUCUGUCUAGUGUGUGGGGAUAAAGCUCUUGGAUACAAUUUUAAUGCUGUCUCCUGUGAAUCCUGUAAGGCCUUUUUCAGGAGGAAUGCCCACAAGACGAUACGAGGGCGGUGUGAAGGGAAAUGUGACGUAAAUGUGGAAUCUCGUUCCUUCUGUAAAAGAUGCCGUCUCCAAAAGUGCUUUAUUGUGGGCAUGCGGAAGGAUAUGAUACUGAAUGAACAACAGAAAAAAAUACGGAAGCAGAAGAUCAUUAUAAAUAAGUUAAAGAAACAUGGACAAAUACCUCAGGAUGAAUCAUGUGCUGGUACAUCUGAGGAUCUCACUGAGGAAAUUGAGGCAAAGAUUUGCUCUCAAAGUCUCGAUGAACUACGUUCCUCAUUUCCAAAUCUAUCUGAAAAGGAUUUAGGUAUGCUGACAAAAUUAAAGCAAGAAAAUAAGGAGGAUAAAAGCCUUAGUUCAAGCCCAGAUGCUCAGAGUUGUCCUUCUUGGACAGAUUCAAAAAAAGAUACUGAAGACGUUAUCAGUUUGAUGUCAGAGAUGAAUCGCAGUUUAGUUAGGGAACUGGUUCGGGCAAAUGAGGACAGUGCCUUUCUUGCCAACACUUCAACAGAGAUUAGAAGUAUACCAACGAAUGCUACAGAGUUCAUCAAUGUGGCUGAAGGUUUUGUGCGUAGAGUAAUUAAGUUAGCAAAAAGUGUUGAAUUUUUUAAGAUGGUAAAAAGAGAGGACCAAAUUGCUUUGCUUAAAGGUUCAGUUACAGAAAUCAUGAUGUUGCGGUCAGCUGUGAAUUAUGAUGUUGCAACGGAAUCGUGGAGUCUGAGUACGAAAAGCUGUUUGAACAAAGACAUGACAACUAAAGUGCCCCUUGAUGGUAGCUCAGGAAAUCCAUCCGUUUCAAAAAUUGGCGCUGAAUUGCUGAAAAAAGGCAGCAGUGAAAUGCGUGCAAUGUUUAUGUCAUAUUCCACAUUCAUUAAAGCUCUUAUGAGAACAAUCAAAGGGGAUGUUUUAAUGCUCAAAUUACUUAUUAUGUUAUCAUUAUUCUCAUCAGACCGCCAGGGCCUUGAAGAAAAACAAAAGAUCGAGGAGAUCCAGGAAUACUAUGCCCAGAUACUGCAGUCGUACAUUUCAAUACGUUUCCCUCACAAUAAGGUUCUCUUUGCCAAGAUACUUAUGAAGCUCACUGACCUGCGGGACAUCAACGAAUUACACACAAAGAUGUUACUCCAAAUGAAAGUGGAAAGCAUUGAGCCGUUGCUAGUAGAAAUAUUUGAUCUCCCUGUCUAA